CUCGUAACGUCUGCAGUUGCAGGGAGAGCCAUCGGGAACAUCUUUAUUUUAUUAUGAAAUCUGGAGGUUUCUUGGGGUUAGAGUGAAUGAAUCAUCUCUUUCUCUGACACUGGGUAAUUUCACAGUUGGGUAAUUUACUAAUCGACAUUUAGGGCAUCUCUUUUUCUUUGUUGUUACUUCGGUAAUGCACUCCACUUUCCGCAAUUAACGUUUCUCACGAUAUGUAAGCCUAUUGGGGGCAGUUACUGUUAAAACGAUUUAAGGCUACUUUAAUAAUAAUUUAAAAAGAACUGCCUUACUGACAACUUUGCAAAAUCCUGUAAAAUGGAUCAACUAAAACCGAAUAGCUAAUAAUAAGCCUCUAUUAACCAUAAAAUAAUGAAGUAAUGAAACAGUAGUAUUGUAACACCCUUAGUCUGGGUAUAGUUAACCCUGGCCACCAUUGAGGAAAGACCGCAGCAGCCGGUGUGAACAUCUGCGGCCAGGAGACGGGCGCUUCAUUAGCGCCGCAGUGGGUGGCAGCAGGAGGACCUCAUCAUGUCCUAAACAUAAAACAUCCACGAGGGGAGGAGGUGCUCGGUACUGAUCACAGGCAACCGAGCAUAAGAAGCGUUUCCCAAAUACGCGGACACAAGAAAACGGCGUUAAUGUCAUCAGCUUCCUCAACGACUGCAUCCUGGACUGCAAUCAUUUUAACUUUGAUUUUUUCAGUAGGUCGGAUAAUUCAUUUAGAGGGAUUUAAGUCCAUAGCAUUGGAAGGCGCGCGCUUUGCUAUGUAUAUCGCACGUGCAUAUUGCGUGUGUACUCGUGUCCGUAAACAUCCUAUAUAAACAGCAGCAAAUCUUGAUUUAGCUCGUGUCCUUCUUCCCAAAUUUAGUCGAUGCCCCAGGUUUUUGUGCCAAUCUUCCGAUUUUGAGGUCUGACAGUUUGUACAGCUAAACCGCGCUUACUUACACGUAAUUCUACCUUCAUUCUGUAAAUAUCGUUUACAAAAUACAUUUGAUCAAAAGUCAGAAAGCUCCACGAAAUGAAUUAUCUUCUCGUUUGAAGCGCGGUCUUUCAGAACAUCGUUUUCAAGCAUUAAGUCCUUCAGUCUUAAGCUACUUCAGCUCUAUAGCAAGGACGAGCUUAGUAUUGCUGGCAGCCGUCCCGGGGCUUCAGUGCGAGUAGGACGCGUGUAACUCAAAACCAGCAGCUGCCUUGCCUCCAAGCUAGAGGAGUGAGCGGUGAAAGUCCGUCCUCCAGGGUCCAGCUCCAGGCUGCCAGUGAGAGGAGAGCGAUCGGCCGGACAGGAGUGCGCAGCUGGAGCGGAUGCUUCUGCGGCAGCCGGAGCCCGUGCUCAGGGACUGAAGAACGAUCUGCAUCCCCAUUCCACGGGCGUUCCUUUCCUUUAGAACAGUUCGGCACCAGCAUGCGGGUAAUCAUGGCUCUCUUUGUCCUCCUGGCGUUCAGCUCUGUUCAGUCCAGGAGGACAGGGCAGAGGGGUGGGCGGGGCCGUGGUCGUGGCAGGAACAGGAUGGGGGCAAUCAAGCGCUUCGUGUCAGAAUGCGUGGAGUAUAUGGAGUCCAGAGAGAAAUAUCUGGACUGCCAGGACCAACAACUGACUAUAGUCCCCAUUAGCUGGUCCAGGGACACGUUCCACCUGCUUCUGGCCAGAAACAGGAUUCAGGGGUUGCGGGAUAACGCCUUUGGACAGUUUCCGCAUCUGAGGAGCCUGGAUCUGCAGCAGAACGAGCUGACAAGGAUUGAGAAGCAAGCCUUUGCUGGCCUUGACCAGCUGACCACGCUGCUGCUCCAGCACAAUGGCCUGCACACCCUCUCUGAAGAAGUGCUCCUUCCCAUGCCCCACCUGAGAUUCCUGCGUCUCUAUGACAACCCCUGGCACUGCAAGUGUUCACUCGACACCCUGGUCAGGACCUUGCAGGUGCCCAGCAACCGUUACCUGGGAAACUAUGCCAAGUGUGCCGAGCCCCCAAGGCUGAAGGGGGAGAAGCUGAAGAGGAUCAGGCCGGAGCUGCUGUGCCCUCAUUUGGAGGAGAACAUCCUCCAAGAGCCUCAAGAUGACAAAGUGAAGAUAAAGUUUGAUGCCGUAGAUUCCUGCCACACCUACAUGUUCCCAACACCUUUGCUGGACUGUCAGAACCGAGGCCUAACAAACGUUCCAGCAGGUAUCCCCCCAGAUAUAGUCAAGGCGGACCUGUCCAGAAACAAGAUCAGACAUCUGAGGCCCAAGGAGUUUGUGACUGCCAAAGACCUGAGAUCCCUGAACCUCAGCAGCAAUGGCCUAGAUGGCAUUGAGAUUGCUGCUUUCAAUGGCCUUCUGUACCUCCGGGAGCUGGACCUGUCAAACAACAGCCUUCAGCACAUACAGUACGGCGUCCUGGAGGACCUCUAUUUCAUCCGCCGGCUGGUGCUGGGGGGAAAUCCGUGGGUGUGUGACUACAACAUCCACUACUUACUCUACUGGCUAAGGCUGCACCCUGGCGUUUACCACUCUGGCCUGGUUUGCCAGGCCCCGCCUGAAUUUGCUGGCUGGACCGUGCGGGACUACGUCAGGACCUACGACGGGAAGUGUCCCGAGGACCAAAUGUCAGGCCAGGAUGACUUCGGAGGGGAAGUCCUGAGCGAGACGAUGAAGCAGGAAAAUGGCAUUCUGCUUGGUCCUCGGAGAGGGAGAAAGACAGUUAAAGGCAUGAGGUUGAGCUAAAUGACACAGACCACAUUGCUCUUUUUUGAACGCCUUUUGUAUUUUGCAGGACUUCGCAGUUCAGUCUGUGUCAGAUGCUAAACCCUUCGUUUGGUUCCUCACCAUGACAUCAUUGAGGACAAUGUCCGUACUUUCCUUCUGAAGUUAAUUUGUAUAAAAGGGAUGGUUUUUAAAACUUUCCAUGGUUCUGCAUUUUCUUACAUCAUCCAAAGGAAGCCAGUUUAUGCUAUACACUGAUGCACAAUGAAAUGCUUCAAAAGUGAGAGUUGAAAAGGUCACACGGACUUGGGCAAGCUAUGGUGUUUACUGCCUGCUACAUGAGGUCAUGAAUGACCUUGAAGCACCCAGCUACAUGUAUCUGAACUAAAUAUCAGAGUAAAUUAGAGCUCAUUGUUGUUUCUUCAACACCAAUAUGAGGUUGGUGAAGAUCAUACUAGCUCCUGUCCCACAGACUGUGCCUGGCAUCCAUCCAUGAAUUAGUUCAGAUUUAGUUGAUGUGAAACUAUGGGGCCUACAGAGAUUGAAAACAUGCCAGGAACAACUUUGGAAAAAGUCAAUCAAUUUAAAAGUCAGGACGACUGUUGGAUAUGGUAGCCUUGAAAGCGAGGUCACCACCUUCACCAGGCUGCUGUAUCCAUGGAAUAGGCCAACAUGCCAGCUCUGUUUGGGCACGGCGUUUAAAACACACCGGAAAGUUUCAAACUGGGCUGUGUGACAUCAUGGCAGUUUAUAAGGUGUUUACUGCACAGCUAUGGGCCAGACCUCAGUUAUCAGUCCCUCUUAGAUACCAAUUUUUCUUUAUUUUAUUGAAACAGCAGCGUGACCAAGACCUUUAAAAGGAGACAGAAAAAAUAAUAUUUUCCCAGGGAGCAAUUGAAUUUUAGGUGGCUGGCCACGAUUCAUGGAGUGAGAACGAAUUUAUACAUAAACCAGCUGCAGUCCAGCGCGGGUACAGCUUAGCUAGCUGGGCGCCGUUACUGCUGGUAUAAAAUCUUAACAGCAACAUUGCUGUACCUCAUCCCAUAAGACCUCCUGUUCUGAUCUAAACUGAGAACAUGCAUUGCUGUUUUUGGGCAGUGUUUUCACAUGACUUGGCCAAAGGGUUGAUGCCAUUUUGGCCAAGAGGACCCUUUGGAAUGAAUAAAUCUGCAAGGACAUAAUAAAAAAAAUACGGACUAAGACCCACCCAUGCCAAGAAUAGGCCUAAACGUGUCAUACUCUUACUGCAGAGUGCAUUAAACCUGACAUACUGUAUAUUAAAUACAGCUGGAAUAAUGACAUGGGUUUAAGAACAAACCAUUGAGCAGUGAAUAUUUUUAGGCUGGCAUGUCAUUGUAGGUUCUGUGGAGGGAGAGUCAUUGAAGGUGACUGAAGGUCUGGGGUAAGCGGCGCUGAUCCUGGAGCGCCGGUAUCCAGCAAAUAUGCCAUUCUGCCUGAUCUCUGGCGGACAGUAACCUGAGGUAGGAUAGAAACCCUGCUGGAUGCCAGCACUCCAGGAUCAGGAGCGUCUACCCUUGCCCUAAGCUUUUUCUUCCUGGGGGUUGAAGGUGAGAGAGCACAACCAGUCAUUAAUCUGGACAUUUGAGGGGGGGAAAAAAAUCUAAACGCACAUUUAAAAAUAAAACUUUAAAAUACAAUUUGGUUUUAUUGCAUAGGACAAGCGGGUACAGAAAUAAAUUGGAUGGAUGGAGAGAUUAACUUAAGAUCAUGUGUUCAAACAGCAUUUCGAUCCGACCAGUAGGGGGUGCACCUCAGUAAAAUCACCUGUGGAGAGUCAGCACAGCUAUAUAUGGGUGGAUUUUUGGAAUCAAUAGAAAGAUUCAUUUAAAGGCUAAAUACUGUGUCACUGUAUAUGAUGCAUUUCUCUUUAGCUGUUUUUGGUCUUUUCUACAAAAGUUAACCCCUUAGGGCAGUGUUUCCCAAUACAGUCAUCGGGGACCCGCAGUCGGUCCACAUUUUCGCUCCCUCCCAGCUCCUGGUAGGGAUCUAAAAUGCAGACCAUCUGCGAGUCCCCAAGGACCAGACUGGGAAACACUGUCUUAGGGUGAUAGGUCUUCCUGAUAUGUACAAUAGCCACCUACAUCUCAGUCCCAAACAUCCAUCUGACAAAACAUCAGGGCUGUGGCCUGAGGAGCAUCUGGAGAAACUGCGGUUUAAUAAAUGUUACCCUUAGCGGUCA